CGGGCCGUCUAGUUGCUCCGCCGCUCGCUAGAUGAUGCUGCAGCCCGGCUUCCGCACAGAGAACCGGGGCCGCCUCCUUUAAGAAAAGAAAAGAAAAGAAAAAAAAAACCCGACCGAACACGAGCCAACAAUAUCUGAAAUGUGUUUAUCAUGCGCAGUUUGUGUGGUUAUGUUUUAACUGCGGCUCUCGGGGAGAACGCCUUGGACGACAAAGGUCUGGUUUGUUAGGGGGGAAAUGAGCACGGUUAUCAGGUUCUCCUUGGUGCAGUUGUAAACAUCAGCAUGCUGGACAAAACCGACGAGCAGCGGCAGGAUUCCAGCCUCUGCUCAGACUGUGGAUGCAGUUUCGGCCCGCCGCAGCCGGACCCCCACCCCGAUCCCGCCCCGGCUAAACAGACGCAGGCCGACAACGCAGAUGCUCCCCCCAGAUGUCCGUCCUGUGUGGCUGGAGCCAGCAGCAGUCCCCCCAACGGCCAGCGGGCCCAGCGGAGCGUUCGGCUGGACCCUCACACCUGCAGCAUAUGCAACAAGACCUUCAUCUCGUCCGCCCACCUGAGCCUUCACCUCACCUCGCACAACAAGGAAAGGAAGUUCAGGUGCAACAUCUGUGGAAAGUUCUUUCACCAGUCCUCCCACCUGAUGGCUCACAGGGUGAUCCACAGCGGCGACAAACCUUUUAAGUGCCCUGACUGUGGGAAAAACUUUGGACGCGCCUCACACCUGAAGACCCACCGUCGGCUGCACACGGGGGAGAAGCCGUUCAAGUGCACCUUCUGCAGCAAGUCGUUCACCCAGAAGGCCGGGCUCCUGGCACAUAUUCGGCUCCACACCGGGGAGAGGCCCUACAAGUGUAACCAGUGCGGCGAGGCCUUCCGCUCCAUGUCCAACCUGCUCUCCCACAAGGCUCAGGAGGCCUCUGGAAAGGCCCGGCCCGCGUCGGCCCCCGUUUCCGCUCCUGCCCCUCCGGUCGGCCAGCUUCAGGGGCCGCACGGCAACAUGGUGGAUCUCAAGUGCGGCGUCUGCUGCCGCACGUUCGUGCGCUCGUCUUACAUCCGGCUUCACAUACGCUUAAAAAAAGGCCAGCGGCCGUAUCACUGCAAGGUGUGCAACAAGACCUUUGUCAAGCUGGAGACGUUCGUGAACCACUGCGACAAACACUUGAGGCAGAAAAAGGAAAAAUAUGGGGUUAAAUAUGAAGUUGUUAAGCCGCCGCUGUUUGUUCCGCUCUCCAGGCCUCCGUCUCCAGAGGCCGCACCACCUCAGGAGUUGUCCUCGGAGAUGAACGCACACUCCAAAACAACAACAGACAUCAAGAGUGAGCCUUAAGACUUGAGGUGCUUCAAAGCGCUUCUGCUUCAGCACCGAUGUCUCGACUUUUGACAUUUACCACGAAUGUUUACAAAAAAGAAAAAAAGAAGAAGAAAUCUGAGAAAAUGGGUAGUAUCUCCCAAACUACAUUUAUUUGCCCAGUGCAGUAUUUUAUUUAAAAGAAUGACCUUAUGAACAGUUUUUGCUUUAUGUAACAUUGUGGGUGUGAUGAUGAACAUGACAGAAAUCUCGUGUUGGUAACAAGUUCUUAUUGGGAUCAAACUUGUUGAUGUUGAUAUACUUUGUUGCUCAGGUAUAUCUGUCCCACUUCCUCUUUUUUUUCUAACCUGGUUUUAGUGGUAUACAGCUCCAUAUGUGCAGACAUUUACAAGAGGUAAAAAAAAAAAAAGGGCCAAAAUAAGAUCGCAUGGUAUGAAAUCAAUGGGUAAUGAUACAUGUGAGGAAAAAAAGUUAAACAUGAUCCUAUGUUUUAUACAAGGGUAAAGCAGCAAUUAUUACUAUUGCUGCUGAAAUACUAUAACAAUAAUUAUGCCAACUAUACGUUUAUUAUUUUCACGUUAUUAGGUCUUUUUUUGACCCUAUAGAACCUUGUUUCUUCCUACAGCAGACUUGUUGCUUUAUCUUCAAUAAUCUAGCAAAUAAAAAUAGUGACAUAAAAAAGUUAAAUCCAACUAUAAUUUCAUAGCAGUUCCAGUUUUAAAAGCUCAGUGAAGUCAAUCAAAAAUUUGUGAGAGGUGAAACCAGAACAUAUCUAAAAUAUCUCACAGGCGCAUGACGGAGAGAAACUGAAGGUGUUUCUGCAGCAAUUAUUAGCGAUAACGCAGCAACCGAUAAUUCUGUCACAGUAAUUGUAAUUUACAAAUUAUGCUGUUACUCUAACCCUUAUGAAGAAAUAGAUGUCAAAAAAACCUUAAACUAAUUUCUUUAAGGCAGACUUUUCUGUUUGGCCACUUUUUAGGAGCAAGGAGGAAAUGAGAGAGGAGCUCCAGUUGGGAUUACAGCCUUGUCAUCUAAAGACAAAUGCUUAUUUAACGGUUUUUAUUCAGUACAUAUAUAGCACAAAAGCUGACAUAAAAUCAUUUAAGUGUCCCAAAGGAGUAUUUUACACACACAACAGCAGCUGCUUCAGUUAGACCUAAAAUCUGUUAAAGGUGUGCAUUGCUGAAGCUGUGAUUGUUUUGUAUCAGCGAACAUAAUCCCUAACAAAAUAGCUUUUGCAGUGCUUCCCCCCUCAUUAUUCAAUAAUUUCCCCUAAGGUUAGCUGAUUUAAAUCAUGCAUUCCUUCAAACUGGCUACAGUGUAAAACGGUGGUUUUCGACACGAGCGGCUGGAUUUAGAUCAGUUACCGCUGUUCUAUAAUUUAUAGUUACUAUAAAAUAUAAACUGUACAAGAGUUUAAAUGGAGGAAAAUGCAAAAAACAAUAAAUGCUGCAAUAACAAAACAGAGAAUUACCCUAGUUCCUGUAAGAAGCUCCAACUGUGGAAACACGCAAAUAUUUAAAUAAAACCCCUACUAAAUGUAUUGGUAGGUUCUUAGACGUUUUUGCUGCUCUCUUUUUUGUAGCAUAAAUAAAGUAAAACAUGCUUCUGUUAGUUGGAUAAAUCACCAGGCUGUCUGCUCAGAUAUCUGCCCCUCACGUUUUUUUUUUUUUUACAACAGCCUUACCUUAAUUAGAUCAAUGGGUUAUGCUUCAUUAGUUACCACACAAUGACUUCUGUUUUUUUUUUUUGUAUCUCUGCAUAUUAUAUUGUCUUGUAAACAGGGGUGCGGGAGACCACUUUUAGCCAGUUGACCAGCAGUGCAACAAUGCAACAGGAGUGUUUAGGGGAUGGCAUCCCUUAAAUAAUCAAAUUUAAACAAUUUGUGUUUUUAUGUCUUAUGGUGUACCUUGUUACAGGUAAUCAACCCAUUCCUUAUUUAUUGUUCACUGUAGCAUGAAAAGCAACUGAACAAAAAUCUCCAUUUGUGUUAAGUGUUUAAAAAAAA